GACAGCAAGACACAACAUUAUUUACACAUUAACUGUUACGCGAACGAGAGAAUAGUCGAAAGCCGUAGAAAAUGUUGCGUACAUUGUCCCGCGUUAGCGAAUUGCCAAUUGUUGUAAAACAAUUGCAAAAAAGUGCAGCACAGACUGGUAUUGCUAAGACCAACAACUAUGCCACGGAAGCGACCAUAGAGGUGAAUCGACCCUUCAAGCUGCAUCGCCUGGACGAGGGACCCGCCACCACAGUGAAGCUAACCAAGGAUGAGGCGCUCAAAUACUACACACAAAUGCAAACGAUACGACGCCUGGAGACCGCCGCCGGCAAUCUCUACAAGGAGAAAAUCAUUCGCGGCUUCUGCCAUCUCUACUCCGGCCAGGAGGCCUGCGCUGUUGGCAUGAAAGCCGCUAUGCGCGAUGUGGAUAACAUUAUAUCCGCCUAUCGUGUGCAUGGCUGGACCUAUUUGAUGGGCGUCUCGCCCAUUGGUGUGCUGGCCGAGCUGACGGGCGCGCAGAGCGGCUGUGCCCGCGGCAAGGGCGGCUCCAUGCACAUGUAUUCACCCAAUUUCUUCGGUGGCAACGGCAUUGUUGGCGCCCAGGUGCCACUUGGCGCCGGCGUUGGUCUUGCCUGCAAAUACAAGGGCAAUGGUGGCAUGUGCCUGGCGCUCUAUGGUGACGGUGCUGCCAAUCAGGGUCAGGUCUUCGAGGCCUACAACAUGGCCUACUUGUGGAAGCUGCCCGUCAUCUUUGUCUGCGAAAACAACAACUAUGGCAUGGGCACCAGCUCCGAGCGCGCCUCCUGCAAUACGGAUUACUAUACCCGCGGCGAUGCCCUGCCCGGCAUUUGGGUGGACGGCAUGGAUGUGUUGGCUGUGCGUAGUGCCACCGAAUUUGCCAUUAACUAUGUGAAUACGCAUGGUCCGCUGGUAAUGGAGACGAAUACUUAUCGUUAUUCGGGUCAUUCCAUGUCCGAUCCGGGCACAUCGUAUCGCACGCGUGAGGAGAUUCAGGAAGUGCGUCAAAAGCGCGAUCCCAUUACCUCGUUCAAGGAAAUGUGCAUUGAACUGGGACUCAUAACCACCGAUGAAGUUAAGGCCAUUGACUUGAAGGUGCGCAAGGAAGUGGAUGAUGCCACGGCAUUUGCCAAGACCGAUGCUGAGCUGGCUGUCAGCCACUUGUGGACUGAUGUGUCCUCGAAUAACUUGGAGACAAAAAUUCGUGGCACUGUUGGCUACAAUCUGGAUCACAUUCAGGAGCGCAAGGGUGUCAAUCAUUAAGUCCCAGAGCCAAGACAACGAUUCAACACAUAGACACACACACACACACACACACAGACAAAUGCAGACAUUAUAUAGCAAAAACGUUAUUCAAGCGAAAUCUCUAGUUGUUAAGCUCAAAGUUGUUUGUUAGCAAACCUUCUCAUGUGUCGAUUUAGUUGCAACAUAGUUAAUCACAAGUACGAUAUAUCCUGCCUACUCACACACACACACACACACUUGCAUAAACUUCACAUGGGCCAGUGGCAAGAGCAUAUGGAUAUUAUAUGAACGUGUUCAAUACGGUUUAAAUGAGAUGUAAAUUGUUGAAAUAUAACUAAAAACUACUUAC